AUAUUAAAAAAACUCAUCAAAAUAAUCUUUAUCCAAUCAUUCCUAUUUCAAAACUCUGAGUGUGCUAGUUUGUUAGGCUCCACAACAAACAAAUUGCAUUGCAUUCACUUCUAAGUUUGUUACUUUGUUAAGCAAAUCAAACGAAACCUCUAUUUUCAUCUUUAAAAACUCAAAGAUCUUCUUCCGAUUCAACGAAACCUCCAUUUUCAUCUUUAGCAACUCAACUCAAAGAUCUUCUUCCGAUUCUUGAUUAAGCAAAAUGGAUUCAAAGCGUUCAUGUUCGAUCAAGAAAGUUAGUUGGAAAUGAUCUCGCGUUGUGAUUUCAUGGUCUCUUGAAGACAUUUUCGACCAAGACCUUUACCAGAACCAGGUUUUCAACUUUCUUCUCUUACGGUUGGAAAAUCUUCAUCGCGUUGAAACGGUAGUUUUUUUCUGGGGAUGGAAGAAAAGAUCAUUUAAAACCCCAAACAGUUAAUGAUUUCAAAAGGUAUAGAAAUUGAUGGCAUUUGGUGUUUUCGGUAGGGAUUUCAAAGGAGAAGGAUACUAAACCUACUUCUACUUUUCGAGUGAUCUCUUAACACCUUCCCACCACCAAUGAAAAACCUUUGUUUAUUAUAUUCUUAAUGAAUAACCCUACCAAUAGAAGAAUAUGGAACGCUCUGCAUAUGGAUGGAAGUUCAAAGCUGAUUGAGAAAAUUUCAUGUGCUAGUGAUAUGCAAGAAUUAAAUUAAAUGCCAAAAAUGUUAACAAACAAUCAUAUGAGCUUAGCACAUAAAACUUUCCAAUUGUAUGCCGAUUUUCUACAAUAAUGUUAACAAACAGCAGCAGUGAAUAUCAAACAGUUAGGCACAUCACAACCACAUAAAACUUUCCAAUUCUAUACAUAUUAUCUGUAAUAAUGUUAACAAACAAUAAGCAGCAGUGAAUAUCAAUUAGCUUACCACAUCAGUAACUAGCACAUGAAAUUUCUACAAUAAUGUUAACAAACAAUAAGCAGCAGUGAAUAUCAAUCAGCUUACCAAAAAAGAUGAAAGUGGAUUUGGUUUGUGGAAAAUCAUCUCAGAUGUUACAACAAUAUAAAGUUGAAGGUCUUUUUGUUGUUUGUUCAAAGGACGUAUUGAAUUUCACUCAAGUUUUAAGGAUAUGGGAUAUACUUCCAUCAGAGGAUAUUCCUAAAGUAGUGAAGCGUCUUGAUAGUAUUUUUGGAAGCUAUACUGAUGAUUUUAUAAGUCGCUGCAGUGAGAAAUGUUUAGAUAAUGAGAUGAAGCAGAUCCCGAAGAGUUGGGAAAAAUCAGAAGAAAUCAUCAAAUUUCAGAAGCUUGCUAAUAAUGGAAGUGAAGCAGAAUCGAGUUGUUGCAGCCAAAGAAUUUAUGUUGAGGAUUCCAAGGUUGAGGAGAGUUUUCUGCUGAUGAAAUUCUAUCCUUUAUCAUCUAUUGUGGUUAACCACUUACUUUCUGAUCGUAAUAGUAAUGAACUGGAACAUCUGUUUGAAGUAUCAGAUGAAGAACACGACAUCAUAAACUUUUCUAGAAGUACAUUUGUACUGGGUCGCUCUGGUACUGGGAAAACCACUGUUUUGAUCAUGAAAUUAUUUAAGAUGGAGAAACUCCACCAUGAGAUUGCUGAAGGUCCUUGUUUGAGUAAGGAUAAAGGGAAUGAAGGCAGCUCUACUGUUAAUGACAGGCACGAACAUUUAUUGGCUGAGGGGGACGACCCUUCUGAUGUCUUACACCAAUUAUUUGUAACAGUGAGUCCUAAGCUUUGUCAAGCAGUGAAACACCAGAUUGUUAGAAUGAAAAGAUUCAUAUCUGGUGGGGAUAUUUCUGACAAAAGCUGUUCUAUUGAGGAAGAGGAGGAUAUAGUUGAUGUUGAUACAUAUACAUUUUAAGAACAUACCAGACUCUUUUGUUAAUCUUCCCGCCAACUCAUAUCCACUUGUGAUAACAUUUCAGAAGUUUCUAAUGAUGCUUGAUGGGACUGUGGGGAAUUCUUAUUUUGAAUGAUUUAGUGAUCUAUCUUUUGAGAACCUAGGUGUAAGAUCUGUUGCUUUGGAGACUUUUAUAAGGAAGAAGGAAGUGACUUAUGAAAGGUUUAAUGCAUUAUAUUGGCCACAGUUCAAUUCCAAACAUACCAAAAUGUUAGAUUCAUCCAGAGUGUUCACAGAAAUUAUGUCUAAUAUAAAAGGGGGUCAGAAAUCUGUGGAUCUUGCUGAAGGGAAGUUAAGUCGUUCGGAUUAUCUUUCCUUGUCUGAAAACCGAACGUCCAGUUUAAGCAAGCAAAAAAGGGGAGGUCAUAUAUGAUAUCUAUCAAAGUUAUGAAAGAAUGAAGAUGGAUAAAGGGGAUUAUGAUAUGGCGGACAUUGUUGCUGACUUGCAUCAUCGACUCGGACAUAACGAAUAUGUGGGUGAUCAUAUUCGCUAUGUAUAUAUUGACGAAGUGCAAGAUCUAACUAUGAGUCAAAUUGCUUUAUUGAAGCAUGUGUGUCGAAAUGUAGAAACUGGUUUCGUUUUCUGUGGGGAUACUGCACAAACCAUAGCAAGGGGAAUUGAUUUUAGAUUCGAGGAUAUCAAAUCUCUCUUUUACAUUAAGUUCAUGCCAGAAUCAGAGAGAAGUGCUUACAACCAAGGAAAGGGUAAUGCAAAAGUUUCAGAAACAUUUGUCUUGAAUCAGAACUUUAGGACUCACACUGAAGUGCUUAAGUUAUCUCAGAGCACCAUUGAGCUUCUUUCCAGUUUUUUCCCUCAUUCUAUUGAUGUUUUAAAGCCCGAGACCAGUUUGGUAUAUGGAGAAGCUCCGGUUGUUCUUGAUUGUGGAAGCAGAAAAAAUGCGGUUGUAACAAUAUUUGGCAACACUGAACAUGAUGGUGGGAUGUUUGUCGGAUUUGGAGCUGAGCAAGUAAUAUUGGUACGUGACGAUAAUGCCCGGAAGGAAAUUUUAAACUGUAUUGGGAAACAAGCUCUUGUUUUAACUAUUCGGGAGUGCAAAGGACUUGAGUUUUAGGAUGUAUUGCUGUACAACUUUUUUGGCAUUUCACCUUUGAAAAAUCAAUGGAGGGUGGUAUAUGGGUAUAUGGAUAAACAAGGUCUGUUGGAACCUACAGAAUCCAAGUCUUUUCCAAGUUUCAAUGAUUCCAAACACAAUAUUUUGUGUUCUGAGCUGAAACAGCUAUAUGUUGCUAUAACACGUACAAGACAAGACAGAGAUUGUGGAUAUGCGAGGAAACAGAGGAGUAUUGCAGACCUAUGUUUGAUUUUUGGAAAAGAAAAUGUCUGGUACAAUUCAAAGAACUGGAUGAUACAUUUGCUCAGGCAAUGAAAGUUGCGAGUAGUCCAGAAGAAUGGAAGUCGCGUGGCAUAAAGUUAUAUUAUGAAAGUAACUAUGAGAUGGCAACAAUGUGUUUUGAAAGAGCAAGAGACAUUUGUUGGGAAAAAAAGUCUAAAGCUGCUGGUCUCUUGGCAACUGCAAAGAAUUUACAAGACUUGAACCCCAAGAAUGCAAAUGCAAAUGCAAUAUUUAGGGAGGCUGCAGGAAUUUUUGAAAGCAUAGGAAUGACCGAGUCUGCUGCCCAAGACUUUUCUGAUUUGGGGAUUAUGAAAAAGCUGGUAUGAAAUUCAACUUUGAACUUCCAUCCAUAUGCAGAGCGUUCCAUAUUCUUCUAUUGGUAGUGAUAUUCAUUAAGAAUAUCAUAAACAAAGGUUUUUCGAUGUUGGUGGGAAGGUAGAAUUAGGUUUAAUAUCCUUCUCCUUUUUGUUGUUGGUGGGAAGGUAGAAUUAGGUUUUUAUGAGGUUUGAUUUCUUCUCUUUUAGUUUGUAUUCUUCAUUAUAAUUUUUAUUUUUUAUUUGAUAAACUUUGACGUUAAACCGCGGGUUUUUAAAAAAAAAAUUAAAAGAUUGCAAA